AUGUCUGUUCCGUUGAAGAUGCUGGAGAAGGAGGUCGAACACCCUGAUCGCAUCGAGGGAUGGCUUGACAAAUUGCACAUCAAGGGCGCCGAGAUCGAUGGAAGCGAGUGCACCACCGAUACCGAUGGAGAGGCAGGUUAUGGACCAACUACACCACCUCGGCGAUCGGACUACCGCUCUGUACCGCAAGAUGAGAUAUCGCCAACCGACACGUCCUUCUCCGGGCAGAGCAUCUUCGACAAGCCACUCCGCAAGGAUCUGUUCGGCAGUCCAACCCCAUACUUGGAGAGACGAGACGAUGGUUCCGACACGACGAGUAUCGAUAGCCGUGACUGGGCGCCGACACAGGGCAAAGAGCGCACACUUGAACGACCUAUACCACCUACCUUUGCUCUUCGACCUAGCAAGCCAUCAGCCAGGUUAGAUCACCAGAAAGUAGCCUCACACAUGGAUACAGACGACCUCACAACUGUAUGGGAUCUCGACCCUCAACAAACUCUUCCUCCGAACGAGCCGCGACCAGUCUGGAUAACCUCCUGUCUCCAAUGCACACUCUCCGGCCUCCCCUGCUCAAGAACCUACCCCUCAUGCUCACGUUGUAAGCGACACAACCGUGCUGAAGAAUGUCUCCUCCAGCGUCGACGCUUCGCAUCCGAAGUUAUGGAUUCCUCGACGAUGGAGAGGAGCACAGCACCUGCUCUACUCAAAGUGAAAGGCGAAGAUGAAGGAGUUUGGGAACGCAAGGUCGAGCUGGCGGAGGCAUUGUGCGAGCAGUGGGUUGCUGAGCAGGACAAAAAGAAUUGGGUGUUGCCGGAUGUUGGUAGUGCGAGAGGUGGAUGGGGUAAACGCAAGGGUAGGGCUGGGAAGGAGAAGGUGGGACAUCCGGGAGAGGGGAUUGGACGGCUGGCUUUUCGGGAGUUGUUUGUUGAUGUGGAUACCUGA